CAAAUCUGUCUUUCUUUCUCAAUCUCUCAAGGUUCUACAUAACCUUAUUUGUCUGUGUUAUCAUCCUUCAAUCCCUUGAAAGAAACUAGCUUUUUUGGAUUCUCUAGUUAUGGCAUCUGGAUCGUCGGGCCGUAAUAACUCGCCUUCUAAAGGUUUCGACUUCGCCGCCUCUGAUGACAUCCUUUGUUCCUACGAAGACUACGGAAACCAGGACGAUGCUAUUAAUGCAACUCACUCUGAUCCCGCCGCUAUUCUAACCAAUUCCAACAAGGAAUUUAACAAAAGCAGAAUGGCUAGGUCAGCUGUACAUCCAGCUCCAGCUUACGGUACAAUAGAUGAAUCUUCUAACCAUGAGAUGAUGACUACAAUUGAGAAGACCAUGAAGAGACAUUCGGACAAUCUUAUGAGGUUUUUGGAGGGUCUUAGUUCACGUUUGUCGCAGUUAGAGUUAUAUUGUUAUAAUGUUGAUAAAUCAAUUGGAGAACUGCGUUCUGAUUUAGUUCAUGAUCAUGGUGAGCAAGAUUCUAAGCUCAAGUCUCUUGAGAAACACCUUCAGGAGGUUCACAGGUCAGUUCAGGUUCUACGAGACAAGCAAGAAUUAGCCGACACCCAGAAAGAAUUGGCUAAACUCCAGCUCGCCCAAAAAGAACCUUCCGAUAUCCACUCCCAUCAGAACAAAGAUAGACCACCACAGGUUCAGUCAGUUUCUUCCGAGUCAAAAAAACCUGAAAUCAUGCCAGACCUACAAAACCAACAAUUAGCCCUAGCCUUAAGUCAUCAAGUUACCUCCAGACCACCAGAACAACACCAACACCAACACCAGCAUCAGCCAAUCGGUCCUCCAGUGAAUACACCUCAAACACAACCAACAUCAUACUAUAUACCUUCCCAACCAAUUCAAGCUCAGUUCAUGCCAUCAUCCGAACCUCAAUAUCGAGCCAAUCAGCCUCCACAGUACCAGCAAUGGUCGACUCAGCAGAUCAUGACCCCACAAAUUAGACCACAAACAGCGAAUCCUGGUUAUACCAUUAACCCUUCGCCUGCAGAUACUAUACCGUAUGGUUUUAAUGGCCCGGUUAGAACAGUACAAUCACCACCCCAUCCUUCAUUGCCACCAAACACGUAUGUGAUAUACGAAAGUGAAGGUGGUGGUGGCCCACGGACUUAUCGUCCUUCCCAACCCACUCAUUUUCAACAGGGCAGUUAUACACCAACUAGCUCACCAAUUCAGAACCCACAACCAAAUCAGAUGAACCGACCCGGACCUCCCCAAUAUGUGCGUAGCCAUCAUCAAUAUGGGGAUAUAAUUGAGAAAACCAUUUCGAUGGGUUAUAGGGGAGAUCACGUUGCUGCUGUGAUUCAGAGGUUGGAGGAGAAUGGUCAACCUGUUGAUUUCAAUGGUGUUCUUGAUAGGUUGAAUGGGCAGCAAAGAGGAGCGUGGGCAGGGUAAUGUUUUCUCCUUUUUCUUCAAUAUUCCCCGAAAGCAUCGCACCAUCAGCCUCGAUAGGAUUAUGGUUAUUAGUUUUCUGGUCUCUUGUUGAAUAAAGGAAAACGAAGCAUUCUAUGUUGUUUGAGUAUAUCCGGGGAGAGAUGAGAACAUCUUGGUAUUAUUGAUGAGUUCUCGUCUUGAACCGGUUUUGGUUUCUUGCCACGUUUUAGUGUUUGGCAACAACCAACUAAAGAUUUGUUUUUUUUUUCAAUGUGCUGGUCUGGCUGAUUAUGUCGGGUAUCUGUUGUAAUGUUUGAAGAACUACGUGCUGGAUAUGUCUGUUUUAAGUUCUUAGAUUUUUUGCUUUUAUUAUGAUUGCAAGGUUUAUGCUUUGUGAG